GUUAAAGAACUUGUGAGACUUGAUAUAACACUGUAUAUAAAUCUGUAUGUUAAUAAGCUAAAGAACCUGUACUAACGGAAAAACAGCAAGAAUUAUGAACACUAGCGCGACAAACUCGAGCGAUAGCUCCAACAGCGACAGCGACACAGAAGAAGACGAUUCCUUUGAUAAUAGAUAUUACACCUGUUUGGUUUGCAUGCGUACAGCUCGUCUGCCACGGGUCACCUUUUGCGGCCAUGUCUUCUGCACCGACUGCAUUGGGAAAUGGAUCACCUGGCAAGGCAGCUUUGCCAAGUGUCCUUACUGUCAGUCGCGCGUCGGCAGCAAUACGUUGAUCACUGUGAGCUAUGGCCGGAACGGACAUCAUGCAUACGGCCGGUUUACACGAUGCAAGUCGAUUGCCCAGCAUCGUCACUUUGCGGAAACUAUUGCUAUGUAUGCCGCGGUGCCGGAGACGUCUAUGUAUUUGGGCGCGUACAUUGAACGGCCGCCGGAGCUGAUGCCGCGCAUCAAACCGCUGCCGGAGCAACUGUUGCGUGAUGUGUCCAAGUGUCAAAUACGACGAACCUUUGUCAUUGCUCCCAUCUAUCAGCGCCUUCUAAUAGUGGUCAUAAUCUUUUAUAUGUAUAUCGUGUAUCUAGAUGCAGACGGCGCAACCUAAGAGGAAUUCAACAGCUUUUCUCGUGCCAUUCAUCUAUCUAGUUGCGAUUGUUAUUUAAAUAGAAUUUCCUCCUAAA